AUGGCUAUCACAAACACCUACGCUUUUUCGGGGGACUCCGACAUUGAAAGCAUUUCCAUCGGGACUGGCAACGAGGCAGAGGGCGAGUUCACAAUCUGCGCAAGGCAGGACAAAAAGCUGCCACGUGAAUGCCGCGCCUUCACGCCUCAAUCUUACAGCAAGUUCAAGCCCAUCAAGUUCAGCUGCAGCCACCGCGCCCGCCUGCUCACGGACUUGUUCCAUUCGGUUGCGUCCGGCCACCUGCGGGGGAGAUGUGGAUCCGCCCCACGACUGAUAGGCUCCCCAGACCACUUCCCCGGGUACGAGUGGUCGGGGGGGCACUGGCGACCCACCACGCUGAGGGUCACGGGGUACGGCCUGGAGCUGGUGGACAUGGAGGGCUGCCCCACGUGGCGCCUGGACUACUGCCUCAUGAGCUCCGUGGCCUUCGCGCCCCUGGUUCCGGAGCCCCUUCACAGCAACAUGGACGGAGGAGGGGUGGGGGGUGCGGGUGGCGGCGGCCUGUCCACCACCUCCUCCUACGGCCUGGCACCCACCCCCGAGGGCCCCUUUGCCGUGUUCGGUCGCACCAGUCGGGCUCCCCGCCUGCUGGCGUGCCGGCAGCGGGACGUGGUGCUGGGGCACAUGGCAGCCACGGCGCAGAAGCGGCUGGGUCUGAAUAUCGUAGCUGACCACGCCAGCGGCUCAAGUCCCUCAGCCCUACUUGAGGCGGUGGCACGUGGUGAGAGGCAGGCGCUGAGCGCACCCGGGGAGGCGCCCGUGGCGGAGUGGGAGGUGGCCCGGCUAUGUACCAGGUACGACGCGCAGCCGCCGCUUGCGGCCUUCCUGGAGCCCGCAAUGCAGCAGCAGGCGGCGGCGGCAGCAGCGGCCUCGUUGUCGUACAGUCCUGGCGCGCAUACGGCACCGCGACGUCUGGCGAUAACGCGGUCAUGGCUGCUGGAACGCGACGCCACGACGUACGACGUGGAGGAGCGCCGGCUGCUGGGGAGCGUGUCGGCUCUCCUCCGUUUCGCUGAGGAGCCUGGUCUGCUCGGUGUGGAGUGGGCGGACGGUGUGGCCCCCUCCCUGUACAUGGCGGGGGCGGCUAGAGACGGGGUGCUAGCGGCACUGCUGGAUAUGGUGCAGUGCGCAGCCGGUCGGCCAGUUCCCGUCCUGCCCGGGUUCACCCCGCCGGGUGACCCCAUCGUGGGAUCAGCUGCGGCCUUUCUGUCCUGCCACUGCUCGGCCAUGAACAGGGACGCAGAGACCGAGCGGUGGUGUGUGGAGCAGCUGGCGGCCCGGGCCCGGGAGGCCUGGCCGCAUCUCUCCAGCUCGGGUCGCAUGUUCUACUCGGCGGAAAUCGAGUUCUCAUCCACCUCCCCCACACCCAGCACUCUGGCCGCACUCACAUCCCCCACCUCGCAGCAACACGAGCACCCGCGGUCAAACCGGCAGUACAGCAAGGGCGGAGGAGACACAGCGGCAACGGCGGCGCCUCCGCCGCCGCAAACCGGUGUCGUACUCUCCGGGCAGUUCAACAGCGCUACCGCCGCUGAGAGCACUCGUGUGGCAGUGGCGUUGCGCCUGGCCACGGAAACCAUGCUGGAUGCCGUACAUGAUUUCAACGCCUCCGUGCCGUACACCGGCGUUGCCGCCGGCACCCGCCUGGACGAGCAGGCGUUGUCUUGUGUGUUGCCUCUGCUGCACCCCGACUUGGUGCCCGGCCCCGUGCCGCUCAGCCACAUGUCCCCGGACGACGCCAAACAGAGCAUCGCGGCCCUGCAGGCCCUCCAGCGGCUGGUGUCAUGCCACUCGCUGGCGGAGGUCUUCUUGGGCAUCCCGACGGCGGUGGGGCGGGUGAUGGCGGCGUACGGCUGCGGCCAUGACGGCGUCGCGGCGGAGGCGGCCAGGCUGCUCACAAGGCUGUGGGCGCCGGCGGCGGCAAGAGUGGGCGCAGCCCCCUGGAGCGGCCUCCGCGCGGCGCCCUCCCUGUCAACGUUGCUUGCGGACUCGGAUGAUCCGCUGUCGGGGUGUGACCCGGAGGAUCUAUCACUCGCUCGUGCCGCCAAGGCGCUUUGCUUCGGACCCUCCAUCGUUUCAAGCCGCUGUGCAGCACUGAUGCGGCCGCUGCGUGGCGGCGGCGGUGGCGGUGGCGGUGGCGGUCCGGCGGACGGUGGUGGAGGUGGCGGCCCGGCAUCCGCCGCCGCUGGCGGCGGCGGCCGCAGGCCGCCAUCACAGCUGACGUUAAGCAGCUCCGCGCACACAGGCAGCGGGAUCGCCGCUGGCGGCGGCGGCGGCGGUGGCGGCGCUGACAGCGGCGCGGCGGGUGCGCUGCUGGUGGCGUGUGCUCUGGAGGCUGUAGGCGCGGAGGCGGCAGCGCUGGGGCCGCCGCUCUUUGCGCUGUGUCACCACCCCGCCCCCCGGGUCACCCAGGGCGCCGCGCUGCUGAUGCGCGCAGUGGCGGAGAGCGGCGCGGCCGCUGCGGCACCCAUGCGCCAAGCGGCAUUGAGGCACGGUGCCGUACUGCACCACCUGCACGCCGCGCUGUUUGCCGCGGCGGCUGCAGCAGCGGCCGCCGGCGGCGGCGGUGGCGGUGGCGGCAGCAGCGCCCCGGCAACGUGUACGGCGAGCGGAGACGGCGGUAGUGCUUCCGGACGGCAGCAGCUGGGUCGCGCGCUGGUGGCGUCCUGGUGCGACGAGUACGCUCCUGCGCUGGCGCUGCUACGCAGGAUAUUCCCGCCGGGGCUUGUGCGCUACCUCAACUCGCCGCGUGUCAGUGGCGGAGGCGGCGGUGCCGGAGGAGGUAGGUCAGCAACCGGCACCUCUGCGGCCGCGGCUGUACACCCUACGGCGGCCGCCAUCGCCACCGGCGGCGAGGUUGCGGCCGUGGCGGCUGCGGCGGCGCCACCGCCGCUGCCACCGCAGCUGCAGCGCUCUUCUGCCAACGGCAUCGGCGACGGUUCCACUCCAUCACCUUCCCCCGCGGUUGCUGCGCCGGGUGUUGCGCAUGUGGGGUCUCCGCCCGGGCUGCACCCAGGGCUAACAAGCCCUGUGACGCCGGCCGCCGCCGCCGCGUCCACCAUCGGGAUUCUUCCCACAUCCAGCACUGCCGCCGCCGCCAGCACAUCAUUCGGCCUCAAAGGCAACUGGGAGGCGUUUUGGGAGGCGGCCAUGCGGGAUCAUUGCCACGCAGGCCUUAUAUGGCACGCAGGCUGCCGCCAGGAGCUCCGUGAGGCCCUGGAGCGUGAGGAGGGGGGACUCAGGGCUCGUCGGCAGCAGCUUGGUGGCGGCGGCGGUGGCGGCCUGCAGCUGGGCUGGAACUACGAGGAGUUCGGAGUGACCUACCCCAGCUUGUCCAAGCACGUCGUGGUGGGGGGCAUUUACGUGCGGCUGCUGCUGGAGGGGGCGGACACCGCCGCCGUCAGCAAAGUACCGCAGCCACGGGACCUGUUCAACUCGCUCCAUCAAGCCUUCCUCUGCGCGGCCGACCCGGUGAUCCAGGACUUGUCUCCCGCCGCCACGGGCACCGCAGCUGCCGCUGCUGCUGCUGCUGCUGCUGCGGGCUCGCCACACACAGCAUCUUCGCCCUCAACAGCAGCUGCGGCCGCGGCCGCGGCAGCAGCGGCGGCUGACCAGGAGCUGUGUGCGCGAGCCAUGGCCGCCGUGUACCACGCCCAUGCCGGGGCCAUAGGGCCCGCCGACGGCCUGAACCACCUGGUCCGUGUAUUGGACUACACCCCCCGGCGGCCGUUGCGCCACGCGUUGUUAGAGCUGGCGGCGGCGCUGCUAGCGCCGCGCUGCCUGACGGCGGCGGCCGCUGGUACCGCAGCCAGCGGUGCUGCCUCCUCCGUAAUCAGCCCCGCCGCGCGGGCGGUGCGGGCGAACAGCUACGCCUUUAUGGAUGCUGGUGGACUGGAGCUGCUGACGGAUGUUGUGGCGUAUGCGCACACGGGUGGCGCAAUGGUGGAGGGUGGCGGUGGCAGUGGAUCCGUAGGCAUCGCCGCCGCGGCCGGCGUGUGGGGCGGUGGCGGUGGCGGCGCCUCCGCAGCGGCGCAACGGCAGCAGCAGGUCGGCGCGCAAGCGGGCCUUAUGCUGACAUCCGUGGGGCACGAAGACAUGCCCAAGGAGUGGUACUUCUAUCCGCGGGGUGUGCUGCCGCCAGCUGCGGCGCCGCCGCCGCCAGGUGACUUGCUAGGAGACGAGGUUCCCGUCGCGGCGUCGCGUCCGCUGCCCGCGACUGCCGCUGUGCAGGCGUCGGAUUCGGACCCGCUGCUGGGCCGCAAGCCUGAUGAGACCGGGCGAGCGGGCCCGUACACGAGGGACGAGAUACGGCAGCUGGUGGCCCGUGGGUCGGUCGACAUGGGCACGCUGUGUUGGGCCAACGACAUGCAGCGUCCUGAGCCGCUGGGUGCCAUUCGAGAGCUGCGCUGGAUGCUAGCGACAGGUCCCGGCCGCUUUAGCCCGUACUCGGCCGCCGAGCUGGCGCUACAGCUGCUGCAGCGCUUGCUGGAGCUACAGCCUGCCGUGGACGAGGAGGAGGGGUUGGUGCUACAGCCCUUGCCACGUGCGUACCGCCUCCUGGCGGGUCCCCGUUGUCUGCCACACCUGUGUCAGGCCCUCCUCACCUUCCACCCGCCCAUCGUGACCUCUAGCUGCGAGCUGUUGCACACCCUGCUGGGCCCCCACCCGGACGCCCUGGCCCGACUGCACCUCACCGGGGCCUUCUACUUCGCACUGGCCUACCCCGGGGCUGACCUCUCGGCUCCCGCGCGCCUGCUGCACAGGGCCCACCUGGCGCAGGACUUCGCGGGCCUGGCGGGCGGUGCCGCCGCGGCGGCUGGACUGCCGCUUCGCGACCAUGACACUCCGGAGCUCAUCUGGACUCACGCCAUGCGCCGCGGCCGCCUGCUGCCCGCCCUGUCCUCCCACCUGGGUGAUCUACCCCUGCGCCUGACCCAGAGGUGCGCCGCCACGUGGGACUACUCGCCCCUACCCCCGCUGACCUACCCCGAGCUGGAGGGGGAGCUGUACUGCCACCGCUACUAUCUGAGGCAUCUGGCGGAUACGGUGCGCUUCCCCACGUGGACCCUGGUGGACCACGUGCCGCUGCUGCAGUCUUUGUUGGCGGAGUGGCGGGGGGAGCUGGCUCGGCAGCCGCUGUCGCUGAGCGAGGCGGAUGCGUGCGCGGUGUUGGGGCUGCGACCCACGGGUCAGCAGUGCGACGGCGGGGCCAUAGGCGAGGAGGAGCUGCGGAGGGCCUAUCGGGCUCUUGCCAGGAAGUACCACCCGGACAAGAACCCCCAGGGGCGGCCCAUGUUCCUCAAGAUCCAAGCUGCGUACGAGCGGCUGCAGGCGGGUGUAGCCGGGGGGGCCCAGGGGCCACAGCCCUGGCGCAUCCUCCUGCUGCUACGCGCCCAAUGCGUUCUGUACGGCAGGUAUGGCAAGGAGUUGGCGCCGUACAAGUACGCGGGGUACGGCCUGCUUCUGGACACGAUCCGCAGCGGCACGGCGCGCGGCAGCACUGCCCCCACCGCCCCCACCCCCACCCCCACCUCAAUGGGCUCUGAACAGAAGGGCGGCCCCGCGUCAGCCUACUCCGCGGAGUCCUCCCCCGCCACCUCUGGAAGCUUCUUCUCCAGUGAAGUACUGGACCAGGUGAGCAGCGCCGCCCAGCUGUGCUGGCUGACGGUGCUGUCCUGCCGCCGUAACGCGGAGGAGCUGGCGAGGUGCGGCGGAGUGGGGGUGCUGGCGGAGCUGCUGUCAAGGGCCAUGGGUGUGCUGCCGCUGGACGCCGCGCCGACGGACCCAACCGCCGUCGUCGCGACCGCCGCCCUGCGCUCCUUGGCGGGCCUGGCGGCGGUGUUCGAGGCGCGGGCCGCCUUGGCGACGACGCUGGGAUCGGCGUCGCCGUCAGCGCCCGCCGCCGCCGCCGGGCUGUGCCGCGACCUGAUCCGUUGCUGUCGCCUGACGCGCUGCCACGCCGCUGUCGAUGCGGCCCUGGUAGGUCUGUCGUACAUGGCGGCUGCGCCGGAGCUGCAGGCGGCGCUGCUGCGCUGUGGUGUGCUGCAGGCGCUGGUACCGCUGGUACUGCAGUACGACAACACCCUUCCCAAAGAUGUGCUGCCCGCUCCACCCUCCCCCUGCUACAUCGUUAAUUUCGGACUCCACAGGCAGUUGUCCACGCUGGCUCCGCCAUUCUCGGGUCCGGAUGACUCGGCCACACUGCCGCUGCUGGCCCUACCUGAGGACGCACCUGCGCGCUGCAGUACACCGGCAGCUAGGUCGCUGCAUGCAGUGCUGGCGGCGCAGGCUCUGUCCCGACUGGCCGGUCUGCUCCCCCCGCCCCACGCCACCCCGUCCUGCCCCCCCGCCUGCUCCGCGCUGGCCGCCAUGCUCACUGAGCCGCUGGCCACCCGCCUGAGCGACCCCGACCCCAGGCCCUUGCUCGGGGUGCUCAGCGGCACACAUGAGACGUGUAGAGUCAUUUGGAAUCCCGCCAUGCGGGAGGAGCUGCUGGCCUUCCUGGAGCACUCCGCAACACCAACGACACCGCCACCACCGCCCACCCAACAACGGCACAGCGGCGUUGAGCACCCAACCACCCACAAGGAUGCGCACACGGAGGCCGGCGGCAGGGUGGCGUCAGCCCCCGGCGGUGUCGUUGCUAUCGGCAGCAGUCACAGCGGCGGCGGUGAUAUGUUGUCCGGUCUUUGCUCCUUCGUGCACAAGUCCCUGGCGGGGGAGCUCGUCGUGGGCGGGGUGUUCGUUCGGGUCUUCAACGAGAGGCCCUCGGAGCUGCCCCCCGACCCGCCCGCGUUCUGCAAGGCGCUGGUUCGGUACCUCUUCGACGCGCUGCUUCCGCUCCCCCCCGGCUCCCUCCCCGCUUCCGCCUCCCUGCCGGCCGUACUGGCCGUCCUGGCCGCCUCCGCCCGGCUGCUGGAUGGGGAGCCCCGGCUGCUGGGGGUGCUGGCGUCCAGAUCCGCGCUAUCCCCGUUCGUGGCCUGUCUGCAGCCCGCUGCCUACCAGGCCCUCAUCAGCCCACACCUGGAGCCACACCUGCAUCAGCCGCAGCCGCAGCCGCAGUCGCAGCCGCAGCCGGCGGCACAUGCACAGGAGGGAAGUACCGGGGAACCGGGGGACGGCACCACCAGCGGCGCCGGCGGCGCCGGCGGAGGCGCUGCGGACAGUGGUAGCGGUGGUGGUGGUGGUGCUGGCAGCGGAGGAGAAGAACCAGUGGUUGGGCAGCAGCAGCAGCAGCGGCAGUCACCCUCCGGGUCUCAGCAGCGGUACUGGGCGGACCGGCUGGCGGUGGCUGGCAUGGCGCUGCUGUCCCGGGCGGCACAGCACAGCGGCUGCCUGGAGGCCUUUGCUGACGAGCACUGCGCGCGGCUGCUGUUCUGGCUGCUGCACCGGCCGCCCUCCCUGGAGGCCAUGACGGCGGCUCUGCGGCUGCUACGUGCGGUGUGCGGCCAGGCGCCGUGUGCGGCUGUUGCGGCGCUCCAGGGCGGCUGGCUGUACCUGCUGGAGGUCCUGCUGCACAGAGGACUCAGGCCCUGGCAACAACAACAACAACAACAACAACAGAAAGAGGAACUGCAACAACAGCAACAGGGUUCCGGUGCUGCAGGGGCGGGGGCAGGGGGAGGGGCAGGGGCAGGGGCAGCAAUGGUGGGAGCUGGUGGUGUGGGAGAUGGUGGGGUCCGGGCCGGUGCGCUGGAGGCGGCGGCGGAGGCCGCAGCGGCGGAUGAGGCGCGCGGGGAAGCAGCGGCGCUGCUGGGCCGGCUCAUGGCGCAUGCGACCCAUGGGUCAUUGAUUCAACUGUCGCUUCAGCGGCUACUGCCCCCGGGUCUGAUCGCGGCCAUUGCGGACGGGCCGCCGGCGGUGGUCCUGCAGGCUCUCACGCAACGUGUUGAGACACCCGAGUGCAUCUGGGACGCGGAGAUGGCUUGCAACGCGGCCACACAGGUGGCUGUGCUCGCCUCGCAACUUCGCUCUCGCCAGGCGGAGGGUCAGUACGACUGGGCUCUGCCGCCCGGCGCCGCCGUACAGUACGAGAAGCUGCGUGGGGAGCUGUUCGUAGGCGGCGCUUACGUCCGGCUGUUCUUGAAGAAUCCGAAGCACCCCCUGCGCCACCCGGCCAAGUUCGGGGAGGGCCUGUUGGAGCGCUAUCUAACGGAGCUGUCCAGCCCCUCCCGGGACUCGGACCUGUUGGUGCUGCUGGCGGCUGCGCUGGUGGCCCUGCUAAGGUCUCACAGCCUUCUCUCCGAGCAGCUCUGUCGGGGCGGUCACGUGUCCAAGCUGCUCACGCAGAUGGGCGCCCUCACCCGCCACCUGCAGCCCGCGCAGCAGCAGCAGCAGCAACAGCUUGCAGGCCCCGACGCCAGCGGCAAGAAUAACAACGGUGGCGCCGACGGCGCUGCUGCGCCGGCCGCCGCAGGAACAUCGCCGCCGCCGCCGCCGCCACCGCCGUCACAGCAGCAGCCGCAGCCGCAGCAGCCCCAGCCGCAGCACCACCAGGCGGCUGCUGGCCUGGCGGAGGCUUGCGGCAGUGCGCUGCGGAUCCUGCACCAGCUGUGUGACAGUCCGUCGGUCGCGGAGGCCCUGGCCACGGCGUCGCCGCCUGCCGUACAGGUGUUGUGCGGCGCAAUGCGGCUGGGUCCGGCGGCUCGUGUGUUGGCUCUGGAGUCCCUCAAGCGGGCUCUGGCUCCCGUCAACCGGCAGCGGGACGCACUGGUGCUGCAGGCUCUUCAGUACGGCUUGGUUCCGGAGCUGCUGACUUCCCUGGACUGGCAGUCCAAGCGCGGGGGAGCGUCUGGACCCGGCCCGCCGGCGGCAGCCUCGACCGCCGGUGGCGGUGGCGGUGGGGGGGGCGGCGGCGGUGGCGGUGGCGGUGGGGGGGCCGGCGGCGGUGGCGGUGGCGGCGAUGAUGACGAUGCUGCCGUACUGCGAGUGCUGGCGGUGGAUGUUCUGAGGGCGCUGCAACUCGCUGGACUCCACUCGCAACAGGUCAACCAUCUGUUGGAUGGAUCCGCUGUGUGGCAGGCCUAUUGCCACCAGCGCCACGACCUGUACCUGCCCUCCGGAGCCACUGCACAGGGCAGUGUGGUGGGACUGCUCACAGCGCCCGAGACGGCGAGGUUCGCGUUGCCGCCGCCGGAAGCACUGGGGCCGGACUAG